CCAUAGACAUUUAAUGUCCGUGCUUAGUGAGUAGGCUAUGGGCCAUAUGCAUUGCGAUCGCUAUUUAAAUUGAACAAACUGAAAAUUAACAUGUAUUUUAUAAAACUUUAUACAUACUACAUGAUUUAUUUUCAGUAGUGGGGAUGUGGGUGUAACUAAGUGCUGUUAUCUGAUUUUGCACACGACACAGUGAAAAGAGUGAUUAAGUGCCUGAGCUACUCAGAAGAACAUAAGAUAUCAGCAUAGAACUCAAACCAGCACUAAAUAUACCAAACGGACUAACCUUUCGCGUGUAGCGACAGCUUUAAAAAAUUCUCUUCAAGCCUAAUUACGUUCCAGGAAUAAACAGGGUCGGACAGACGUGAGGACAUUUUGUGUAAUUAAAAUCUUUAAUUUUGAAUUCUACAACUAACCAAUAUGGAUAGAGUCAACGAGAAAACCGGUCUUCUGACGGAACAUCACUUUCCCGGCAGAUUAAACAACACUAGAUUGUAUGGUGACCUCAGUGCAGGGGAGCAGCUGAUUGGCCAACAGCACUGUCACUCGUCUGCAGGCGAGGCCCUUCGUGGAGAGCAGGAGAAGCGCAGGGCCCGCCUCCAGCUGUACGUGGCCUCGUCUGUCUGUCUGCUGUUUAUCAUCGGCGAGGUGGUUGGGGGUUAUCUGGCCCACAGUCUGGCCAUCCUGACAGAUGCGGCCCACCUGCUGACAGACUUUGCCAGCAUGCUGCUCAGCCUCUUCUCACUCUGGAUGUCCUCCCGCCCCGCCACCAAGACCAUGAAUUUUGGCUGGCACCGAGCAGAGAUUCUCGGAGCACUGCUGUCCGUGCUUUCCAUCUGGGUGGUGACAGGUGUGCUGGUGUACCUGGCAGUGCAGAGAAUGAUGUCACAGGAUUUUAACAUUAACGGCGGGGUCAUGCUGAUCACGUCCGGCUGUGCCGUCGCGGCGAACAUCAUAAUGGGCAUCACUCUUCAUCAGUCCUCUCAUCACCAUGGUCACAGCCAUGGAUCUGACCAUCCCCCACAUUCCCACAAGCCUCAGCAGAAUGCUAGUGUGCGUGCUGCCUUCAUCCAUGUGAUCGGGGAUCUGCUCCAGAGCCUGGGAGUGUUGAUAGCCUCCUAUGCCAUCUACUUUAAGCCCGAGUUAAAGCUGAUCGAUCCCAUCUGCACCUUCCUCUUCUCCUUCCUCGUCCUGGGAACCACUCUUGCCAUCCUCAGGGACGUGCUGACGGUGCUGAUGGAGGGUACUCCCCGGGGGCUGGACUUCUCGCAGGUGAAAGAGACGUUGCUGUCAAUCCCAGGAGUGAGGUCCCUCCACAGCCUGCAUAUUUGGGCUCUAAGUGUCAAUCAACCAGUGCUGUCUGUUCACAUUGCCAUCAAGGAUGGUGUGGAUGGACAGGCAGUGCUGAAGGAAGCCAGUGGGGUCCUGCAGCACAAGUUUGACUUCCACACCAUGACCAUCCAGAUUGAGGAUUACUCUGAGGACAUGCAGGGUUGUCAGCAGUGCCAAGACCCACAAGACUGAGAGGAGAGGACUUUGGAGUGUGUGUGUGUGUGUGUGUUGGGAGCUGAUUUGUAUGUGUGUGUGUGUGUGUGUGUGCAUGCGUGCGCACGUGCGUGUGUGCAUUGGGAGCUGAUUUAAAUAAAUGGAAAUGAGAUUAAAAUGAACAUACAGGACACUGGCACACCAGUGAAUCAGGAAAAAGAACAGAAAAUAUUUCAGAUUGUACGUUUCUAUGUGUGGCGUGUUAAAGUUAGAAAGGGUGGAGUGUGGUUCUGGUUUGUAUGGUGCUUUGACUUCUUCUCAAAUACACGAGACCAGAGUCAAGGAUGGCAGAACUCCAUGGAACUGAACAUAUGGAGCGCCCAGCAGAACUUCCCAGUCCAGUCUCACAACACGCACCGGUAUUGCGGAGUAGUGUACUAGCCCUCCAACAGAAGUGAACUGGUGCUAGUUAUGUACUAUAUUUUAAUUGUUUUAUCUUAAAUAAAUAAACUUAAAAUGGGAAAUGAAUCAGA